AUGGUGCUUCUAGAACUUCUCCAUUCGUCUGCUUCAGUCCCCCUGUUGGGGGCUCUUGUAGGUCUGCUGGUCCUCUUCUUCUUCUCCUCCAGGAAUCAGGGCCAGGACCAGGUACUGGAGGAGCUGAGCAGCAUGAUCUGGAGUCGGCAGGUCAAGGUAGAGGACAGGAAGAACCUCCCCUACACUGAUGCUGUCAUCCAUGAGACCCAGAGACUGGCCAACGCCCUUCCCAUGUCGCUCCCUCACACCACCAGCCAAGACGUCACCUUCCAAGGCUACUUCAUUAAGCGGGAUGAGACAGAAUGGGAGAGUCCACUCAGCUUUAAUCCUUCCCACUUCCUGGAUGAGGAUGGGAAGUUCGUCAAGAGAGAUGCCUUCCUGCCUUUCUCUGCAGGUCGCAGGGCGUGUGUUGGUGAGAGUCUGGCCAGGAUGGAGCUCUUGCUCUUCUUCACCACCCUCCUUCAACGCUUCCGUUUCACUCCUCCACCUGGAGUGACAGAGGAGGAUCUCGAUCUGACUCCAACAUGGGGCCUCACACUAAAUCCUUCCCCCCACCAGUUGUGUGCUCACAGAAGGGUCGAGGCAGAAAGUUAAUGAUUGUGUGGCUUAAUAUGCAACAA